CUCCUAUUUCAAAGCCAACUUCUACAAAUUUCAAGUAUAUGUAGGUCAACAAAGAUUAAACGUCAAAACAGAAUUCCGUUUCUAGAACUGCUAAAUAUAAAUUUGAUAACAAUUGGUCUUUCCGCCUAUAGGUAUUAAAUCUCCUUUGAAAGUGUUUGAUUGACACCUGUUACCUGCCAUAUAUACCUGGCCAGGUAAACGAUUGGAUAAAUUGUGCUCCUUGAUCAAUUACUUGAUGUUACAUUUUCCUAGUGCUGUUUAAUAUUAACCAUAAUGCCGCCUACUGCUGAAUCUGUGCUACUGCAAAGAAAACCUGUGUCAGGGCAGAAUAGGAUAACCUCACAGUUUCUGCCCCAUGCCCCCCCUUCAGACCGUCCCUCAAGCUCUCGUUACAGCCGGUGUGUGAUGAGAGAUACAGUAAAAAUGCGUAUGAAGAUGACUGAAGACUCAGAGGGAGAACUUGUUAAUGGUUCUGAUUCAGAUGUGAGAUUCCAGUUCUUCUACAAAGAACCCUGUCUUUACAGCCACCAGACAUACAAUAAUGCCAGCAAAAUUUUCUCAGCUCUGAGACAUGAGAGUCUGGAGGAAAGAGAGAAUCCAUACCUCAAAAAGAGGAAUAAGGCUGCUCUAUCAGAGAGAGAUAUACCCCAAGUUUACUUCUCUAAUGACCAGGAUAAAAGACUGGCCUUUGAACUGGCAUUUUCCACCCUCAAAUAUCAGCUAUUGUUUGAAGAGAUACUCCAGGACUGCGCUUUCUUCUCUACCUUUCCAGAGUUUGUUGAGGACAGUGGCCUUGUGAUGGUGAUGCUGUGUGAUUUUCAAGGUCGAAAGUUUCAACAGAGAACCCCCCUUCCUGGAGAAACAACCCUUCCUGACCUCCUAGAGAUAGAACAGUCCAUUCUGGAAUGUAAGACCCACCUAAAUGCUGCUCUGGCCCGACACAGAAUUAAGGCCGAGGCCCCCUCUCUGGACCAUCUUCUCCCAGACACAGUGAGGAGCAAAGAGGAGCUAAGAAGCACAAUGCCAGUGUAUGGCUGGGUCAACCACAGAAAGUCAAAUAUGUCUGAGGUGCUAGAUGCCUUAAAAGAGGAUCACUACAGAUUAGUGAGUUCUGAUGAUGCUUUGGAAGGGAAGAUGUUCUGCGUGGACUCUUUGUGUCAUGAUGUAUUGAUGUUCUCUUCAGAGUGUGCCAAUGACCUGGUCCAGAAUUACCUUGUUACAACAGGAAAGUUAGUCCUGCAGGAUAAGUCUAGCAGUAUUGCCCCCCAUUCUGUGAAAUACUUGGUUGGGGAGGAUGCGGACGUCAUUCAUGUCAAUGUUGGAUCUGGAAUGACCACUGCUCACAUUGCCAGUCUGUUAGAGGCAGACAACCAUAGCCAUAUCUGGGCAUUCGGUGCUAAAAAUCCCACAGAAGUCAGGGACAACAUGGAAAAACUUGGGGUUAAAGGUGUUAAAGUAAUGACGGAGAACUUCCUGGAUAUAGAACCUGAUGAUAACAGAUUUAAGAAUGCUAAAGUCAUUCUCAUCACUGCAGACUGCAGUAAAUCAGGCAUUGCCAAUCCAAUAGACUUUAUUGUCAAUGAGGGUGAAGAUAUGAAAAUUUUGAAAGAUUUAUCUAUUGGAGAUACAGGCCUAAGCAAACUUGGAGAUCUGACAGCGAAACAUACAGAGCUUCUAAAACAUGCCCUAAAAUUUUCAAAAGUACAAGCUGUAGUGUACACCACCCGCUCCAUUCAUGAUGUUGAGAAUGAAAAUGUUGUAUCAAAGGCUGUGGAGUAUAUUAAUUUGGUACAGCAAAGAAAGUACCCGUACAGAGUCGUUCCCCCUGUCAUUCCUUUCUCUAGUGAAGCCAUAGACAAUAAAAUAGGAAUUCAUGGGAAGUUUAUCAAAUUUCGACCUACAGAAAAAACAAGUGGCUGCUUCAUUGCUGUUGUAACCAGAGAGCCUGAAGACUCUAAGGAAGCAGCCAAAGAUGUUCUUGCCAGAGCUCAAGCUAAAGGACUACUAAGUGGUAAGAAACGAAACAAGACGCAAGUGAUAGAGGGCGACCAUGAGAAUGGGGAGGCUAGUAACCUUGUUAACGGACAUACAAAGUCAGAGAAGCUUCUGACAAGGCGCUCCAGGAGAUCAGAACAGAAGCUGCCCCCUCGUAGUGCUAUAUCUGCCCCUCAUGCCACAAGUCCUGUCCGCAGUUACAUACACUCCCCUCUCCAGGCUCGCCGCAGCGUGCCCCGCCCCAGCGGGAUUGCCGUGGGGACACGACUUUAUAAGGAUGCCUCCAAAAGAGAACCAUCAGUGAGGAGAGAUAAAGUGCUUGUAGCAGAGCACCUGAAAAUCGUCAAACAUCCAGCCCCAUUCAGCCAAAAGUAACAAGCAUGGUCAGGUAAUAAAAAAUAUUGUGCAUGAAAACCAAAGCUGCAUUGUUAAUGAUAAGCUCUUUCAAAUGGCUUGCAACUGAAAAUGUACCUUAAUUUGUAUAAUAUAGUGAUCUGUCAUAUUUGUAAAAAUACUUUGUCUUGAAUAAUGAACUAUGUUAUAUUUUUAUAAAUUCUGGAAGCAUUGCAUCAGUGCUACAUUCCUUGCACUUUUAACUGUCUGCUUUCACUAUUCAUGAAGCUUUCCAUUUUCUGCCUUAUGAUACUUGUUCAUAUUUACUGAAUUCUACAAUUUUCUGAAUUUUUUCAUCAAUUUGAAUAAUUUAAAUGCAUUCAUAAAAUAAUUUUUCCUUUCACAACAGUCGUAAAAAGCACAAGAAGUCUAACAAGACCAGGUAAGCUUUGUAGCCCACAGGAAAACCCUGACCUUGCAUGAUCCUAUCCAGACUGUUUAAUAGAAUAAUCAUCUACUUCAUACAUAGGGGGUAUAGUUAUGUGAGGAAUAGUUAAGUAUUGUAGUGCAUUUAUAUUGCAGCAUGUUAAAAUGAUACAUUUUUACCUGUCCUUGUUACAAAGCCACUUCUGUGCAUACACUGCAGGAGACCAGCUCUUAAUGCAAGAGCACCUGUCAUAUCAUAAUUAUCAGAUACAAUCAGUCAGCACAAACAACUUUAUCAAGGUUUUAAAUUAAUGUUGGUUUAAGGCAUGCUUUUUUCACUGUCAGGUUCAUUUUUAAUUGACCAGAAUGUUUUGAGCUUUCACUGAGAAUGCAUUGUUCACGUCAAAACAUUGUUCUUUUAAAAUUCAGUGUGGUUAUGUGUACCUUUGUGUAGACUGGAAAAUCAUUUUCAAUACCUGGUACUUAAUAUAUUAUUGUUCAUGUGCAUCUCUGACUUUGAAUAUUUAAUCUUAGGGUGCCUAGCAAUCACUUAUGUUUAAACAAUUCCAUUUGUAUAAAUUUUGUUAUUCCAGUAAUGUGACCUUAUUAAGGAGAUUAAAUCAAUACAUCUUUUUCAUAUUUCCAUUAAUUACUAAAAGGUAUUUAGAAAGUUAUUGAAUCACGUCCAGUCACACAGGAGAAAUCAAUUGUGCAAUGUCAAUGUACAGUGCUGAGAAACGUGAAGUGCCAUAUAAUGUGUUGCUUUUAUUGUAUGAAUGUAUAAACUGAGAUUAGCCAAUAUUUAUGUAAAGUGCACGGACUUUUUAGCCUUAGACAAUAUUAGUGCAAUUUUUCCUUUUUCUGCCAGGCCUCAGGGCUGCUAUGGUUAUCUUUCGUUGUUGUAUAUAACAUAUUUAUACACAUCUUUGAUAUCUAUGUGAAUAUGUAUUGUUUUUCUGUUAUUGAUAGAAAUAAAAGGUAAUUUAUUUUA